AUGUUUUCGAAGAACUGCUGGUCCCUGCUGGCCGUUUCUUGCAUCUUGUUCGUCGGCUCCCCAGUUCGAGGCGAGGAGGCUUCUAAUAUUGAACGCGAUGCCAAUGCCAAACUGGGACAAAGAGUCAAUCCUGAUCUAAUGGGUGCUAUGCUCAUGGCUCGGGAAUCCAAUGAUCAAAGCCCUUGCAAUAGCCAAUGUCACAUAUCAACCGCUUGCCCUCCCACCACUACACCUGCCGUGGCUUCCUCGCAAUCACUCUCGUCUGCCAUCUGUGAAAUUGCUACAGCUCUCUGUGCUGCCUGUCCCCCGAGUGUGACCACCCAUCAAACGACAAUUACAAUCAGCAGCUGUCCCCUGGCAACAGUCACAACAACCGUCACCGAAUGUUUCGGCCCUCCUCCGAGCACAUCUACCUCCUCGUCUCUACCAUUCUCAACCCCGGCCAUUUCGACCCCCAGCUCCAGCAUUCGAUUCAGUAAUUCUUCAUCAAUCAGACCACCGAGCUCAGCCGCUCAUUCAAGCUCUAGCGGUCUACCUAGCACCACCAGCAUCCCGACCACACGCAGCUCGACUCCAAUGGGCCCCGGCUUCAGCAGCACCAUCCCUCCUCGCACUGGCAGUAGCACUCUAUCCACUCCCCUCACAACAACGGAAUCUACCCGCCCAACAACCCCUCGUGGCAGCCAAGGUACCCAGACCAUCACUCGACGCAGCCCUCCUGGUAUAGUCCGACGCGAGAUGAUGGGAAACAUCACCGCAAUAGUCACUAACACGACGAGAACUUUCGCGAAUGCGACAACGAGUCGUACACUUAAUUUAACGGGCAUUCUCACGGAGACGACCACGACGACUACCACCACUAUCGGAGUCUUCCCCAGGUUCCAACGUGUUAGAUAUCGGGACUAG